GCAAUAGUCAGUGGCGCUGCGAUCGGUUUUGUUUUCGGUUAGUUAUUUAUUUUCAGCAGGUAUAGACCUCCAGAAAAAUUGCCAAAUAAUACUAACAUAGAAUAUGGGAGAUCAAGCAGUGCAAACAAAAUCAGCAGAAAAUACAGAUGUCAAUCAAGAUGAACUUAUCUUGCAACAACAGAGGCGUAUUGAAAAAGAGAUACAAGACUCAACAUCUUUGGUGGGUGAAAAGGAAUCUCUUAAAGCAUUAGAAAGUGAAUAUACAGAAGACGAUGUAUAUUUAUCAAAAGCAAAAGCCUUGGCUCAAAAAUAUUCUUUCUUCAGAAGAACAAGGCCAGAUGGCAAUUGCUUUUUUCGAGCUUUUAGUUACGCAUAUUUAGAAAAACUAAUUAACAAUAAAGAGGAAUAUGAGAAGUUUCGAGAUCUUGCACGUAAGAGUAAAGAUAAUUUAGUUGAGCUGGGAUUUCCUCAAUUCACAGUAGAAGAUUUUCAUGACACGUUUAUGGAAGUUAUUGACAGAGUUGGGGGUGGUACAGAUGAUAGCUAUGCAGAGCUCCAUAAACUUUUUAAUGACCAAGGAUACUCAGAUUAUGUUGUGGUUUAUCUUAGGCUAAUAACAUCAGGACAACUCCAGAGAGAAGCUGACUUUUAUCAGCAUUUCAUAGAAGGCGAUCGUACUGUUAAGGAAUUCUGCCAUCAGGAGGUAGAGCCUAUGUUUAAAGAGUCUGAUCACAUUCACAUCAUUGCUAUGAGUACUGCUUUGAAUACUGGUGUACGUGUAAGAUACAUGGAUCGAGGUGCUGGCACUGAAGUAACAGCUCAUGACUUCCCAGAAGGUUCAACACCAUCUGUUCACUUACUAUAUCGACCAGGUCACUAUGACAUUCUUUAUCCAUGAUAAUUUUUGAUUAAUUAAAGAUUCCUCGAAUCCCCUUUUGUCACUAAGAGUGAAGGAUCGUACCUUCUUUUUUGUACUUUAUACGUAAAUUAUAAUUAAAAUUUUCAAGAAUCCAUAAUUGCUUCAUAUUCAAGCGAUUGCAGAGAACAUUUUUAAAUUAUGAUAUACUACAAUGUAGCCGAUGUAUCUAUUUUAUUAAUUUUUUAACAAGUUAAAAUUGAUUAUGAGAGUUAAUAUGCUUAUAAGAAGAUUCUAUAGCAGUAAGAAUUAGUAUUAUGUCAUUAUUUUUAAGAAAUGAAUCAUUUGAUUUGUAUAAAAUAUCAAGUUUUCCGCUGCUUUCGACUAUAUAUUUUGUGAAUGAAAAUAAAUUUACUACAAAUUAA